AUGACAAUCCGACAUAUCCACCGUCCUCCUAUGGACAGUCCGUCCAAACAGCUAUUUCUCGAGCUCGCACGUGAUCUUGAGCGCGUUCGUAUCUUCGAUGAGGACCUCAAGAAGGUCAAAGCAUAUGAGCGCAAGGCAUACUAUGACAACCUUGAUCGUCUCGACGAGGAAAAUGCACGUGCACAUACUGCAGCUCUAGAUGCAGUAGUCGCGCUUCACGACCAAGUCCGACACCAGGCAGAACAAGUCCUGGAAGAGCAUAACCGAGUGGAAGAAGCAGAGCGUCAACGCAAGCAAGAGGCCGCCCGCAAAGAACAAGAGCGUAUUGAGCGUGAGGAGGCCAAGAAGUUGCGACUCCAACAAGAAAAAGCUGCACGCAUCGAAGCUGAGCGCAAGGCGAAGGAAGAAGCCGAAAAGAAAAAGGCUGAAGAGGCUGAACGAGUGCGGCUGGCCGCCCAACAAGCUAAGGAACAAGAAGCCCAAGAAGAGCGCGAGCGAGUAGAGGCCGAGAAACGUCAACAAGAGGAACAAGCUAAGAAGGCACAACAAGAAGCUCAGCAAAAGGCGCAGGAACAACAGCAACUCGCCCAGAAAAAGCAGCAACUCGCUGAUGAGAAACUACGUGCUGAAAAUCAGAAAGAAGUUGGCGGUACUCGCUUGUCAAAUGACGAGAUACGAGCACAAGAGCGAUAUGUUCAACUGCACAAAGAUUUGAAAGCCAUGCGUGCCAACAUGGACAGUCUCGGAAAGCAGAACCCAGAUUUCAAAAAAUUCAAGGGUGAUUUGCGCCGUUCUAUCACCAAGUUUGUUGGUCAACUUCGAGAGGGUAAGGGUGCAAACAAAGUUCAGACAGCGGAAAUUCGAUCGCUACUUGAGAAAGCCUGCAAGUUUUCAGAGCCCAGCCUAGACAUUCGUCCUUUCAUCGCGUUCCCACCCGAAGAAAUUGCAAACACAGAGAACAGGGUUCCCGCUCUCCUUAUAUUUGGUCUGAAUAUUCUUGCCAAAUGCAUCAUCAAUGCUCUUCUUAACGAGGCUAGCAUCAAUCCUUUGCACGCUGAGCCUGUCGGCGUCCUUGCAGCCCAGAUCUUCUCCACAGAUACAUUCAUCUACAAGGGUAUUCCCAUGUCAGAUAUUCUAUGGGCAAAGUAUCGAGUGGUGUGCCCUGCUCUUUGGGGUUUCACCGGCAGUGACAAGACAGCGGCAGGUCGACGUGCUCUCGGUUGGUGGCGUGAGACACCAGAUGGCCCGUUUGUCAAGGAGCAAACUCAUGUGGAUCGAAUGACUGCUUUAGGUGCUGGAUUCUCAGCAUUGACACUUCGUGACUUUGGCAAAACCACACGCCAAAACCCCUUCCCCAAUCAUAUUUUCUGGGUGUCCCUUCAAAAACUGCUGUCGAUUCCCACCUCUGAGUUGCAGGAGACUCACAUUAUUCUCCUGCACUCAAUGCUCCACCACUCAAGCGAGAGAGUCCUCAGCUUUUUCGGUCAGUUUGGUCUGGCCAUUCUUCGCAAGGCCAUCGUGGACUUGCCUCGAGAGGUGGAGCAGAAGUCCAUGCCAUUAGGACAGUUGAAGCUCCUACGAGAGGUUUAUUUGAAGGAGAAGAACAUUUUGCUGUAA